AUGAUCUUUACCAACUGCACUUGCUACAGUGAAGAUCCCGAACAGAUGCUAUCGCACCUGAAAUGCGGUUUGAGUAAGAGUGUCAAGCGGCCCACCUUCAACAUUGAGUUGCAAUUCCAAAAGCCAGUAGUCAGGUUCUUUGUGAAUAUGAGAAUUGUCUUGCCACGUCGCCUUGGCGAUGAUUUCACUCUGUUCAAUCUCUCCGGAAUCGAUGGUUGCAGUCUGCUAUCGAACAAAAACCAAAUCGCUUUUAUCCAAUUGGGCCGCAAGCAUAUGGAUAAAUUUAGUAAUAUUCCCAAGCGUUGUCCUUGGCCCAAGGAUGUGCCUUACUAUAUUCGUGGAUUCCGUUCGGAUAUGGCUGCCAUGCCAGCUUUUAAUUUCGAAUCAGAUAUGAAUCUGUGGUUCGACCUGGUAGUGAAUCAACACAAGCUGAUCCGUGGAAUUAUCCAGAGUAGAGUGCAGCGCAGAAAAUCUCACAAACAUGGUGCCGGCGAGGAUUAA